GCCAGGAACAACUUCUUUUCAGCAACGAUCCCAGUAUGGUUUACAGUGGAAACAAUGGGCUGCGUGUAGAAGACACUUUAGAUGAAUUCUUCGAAUACGAAGCGGAAGAGUUCCUGGUCAACUUGGCCUUGCUCAUUACUGAAGGAAGAACACCAGAAUAUUCUGUCAAGGGUAGAACCGAAGGCUUGCACUGCCCACCGGCCCAGUCGGGUCAGCCAGUAAAGACCAAGCAUGAAUGCAGUGACAAACUCGCCCAGUGUCGUCAAGCCCAACGCACUAGAUCUGAGGUCACCCUGCUGUGGAAAAAUAAUAUUCCUAUCAUGGUAGAGGUGAUGCUGCUUCCGGACUGUUGCUAUAGCGAUGAAGGGCCCGCCACCGAAGGGAACGACUUAAAUGAUCCUGCAGUCAAGCAAGAUGCCUUGUUACUGGAGAGGUGGAUUUUGGAGCCGGUGCCGCGACAAAGUGGCGACCGAUUUAUUGAAGAGAAGACCCUCUUAUUGGCUGUCCGCUCUUUUGUGUUCUUUUCUCAGUUAAGCGCUUGGCUGAGCGUUUCACACGGAUCAGUCCCACGCAAUAUUCUCUACAGAGUCAGCGCGGCGCAUGUAGACCUGCAGUGGACAUUUUCCCAGACACCGACCGAGCAUUUUUUCCCCGUUCCUAACGUUUCUCACAACGUGGCCUUGAAAGUCAGCGUCCAGUCCCUGCCGAGACAAUCUAACUAUCCCGUCCUGACCUGCAGUAUUCACACCAACCUCGGCUUUUACGAAAAGAGGGCAGAAGAGCUUGGCGGACACCAGCACUGUGAUUCCAUCAAGGCAGAGCCGUGCAGUGUGCCCGCCUCCCAGCGCUUGUGUGGCAAGCUGCUGUGGGCGGAAGGGGUGCUCAGUGCCAAAAAAGGCCCCGAGCUCGGCACAGGUGUCAGAACCCUGAAACUUUUUCCAUCGACUGGGCUGAGGUCAGACUUCAGGGCACCCGAGUGUAAGCUCCAUUGCUAUACAGCUACUGUUGAGAGUAAGAAGCUAUCGCAGGAAACCUCCGAAAGAGCGUUAAAACCUUCAGCCGACUCCCACAACGGCUCCUCUCCCCUUCAUUCGUUAGGAGAUUCUAUCCCAUUGAUAGGAUCUUUGCUGCAAGAGCGGCAUGAGGUUAUAGCGAGGAUCGCCCAGCAUUUGAUUCACUGUGAUCCAGCAACAUCGCCCGUUAUGGGGCGGCCAUUUGGUGCGAACGAAACGGGUGUGGUUAACUCGAAAGCGGCGCGAAGUGGGCGCGAAGAGGAAAGCUUGCUGAAAAGAGGGAAGGAGCUGCGCUCUGGUUCUACUGCUAACUUAGAACUGGCUUCAUUAGAAAAUGGCCAUGUAGGAAAAGCCCGAAUAAUACCAGAAAUACCAUUCUCCAACUCCCAGAGUCCAGUGACCCAGCGCACCCGCCAAACCAUAGAGGAAACCAACCCACUGAUAAGUUCUUUGCUUCAAGAGCGGCAGGAAGUUAUAGCUCGGAUUGCCCAGCACCUGAUUCACUGUGAUCCACCAACUUCACAUGUUACUCAUCCUGUGUUCAACGUGCAUGAAAUUAGUGCAGUUAAUCCAAAGGGUUUUCACGGCUCCUGUGAAGAGGACAGCCUGCUAAAGAAAGGCAAGGAGACUUUGUCAGAUUCCUUCUCUUCUUCAAGGUUGAGUUCGUGGGAAGACAACCUAAAAGCAAAAGGCAAAACACCAGCAACCCCUCUGAGUUCUUUUAGAUACGACACUGAAUCGAAGGUAUCUCCAAAACCCCAAGCGAGAAGAAAAUUGCUUCUUGCAGAGCCCAGUGAAGAAGUCCAAGAUACAUUUCUGCAGUCUCCUUCCAGUAGAAAUACAAGUCCAGUGACUUUUACGAUCCAGUCAUGUAAGAAAGAAGAUAACAGAGCAGAACUGGUAGAUAAAUUGGAAGCUGUACUUUCCGGUUCUCCCCGUAAACCUCGAGCAGUAUACAAAGGUAUUCCCAAGCAGUGUUCCCCUUUCAGUUGUAGCGAUGAACUGAUUUGCACAGAUAAACUUAAGGACAGAACAAUCGCUCGUGAAAACGGCGACACAGACUGUUUAAACAAUCCCUCGUCGGAUUGGUCCAGAAUACUUGAAAAUACUAAAGUGACUGUAACACAGACACCUGACAAUUUGCACAAAAGCGAGCAGAAGCGCUUAAGCCAAGACUCUAAACAACCAAAUAUUUGCGAACAGAACUCCCAACUCAUUAGCAUUGAAAACUAUUUGCUUAAAGACCACGAAGGUUCCAAGUGCAAAAACAAGCAAGAUAAAGUGAAGAACGCUCAUGACGAGAACGAAGACCCGACAGACUAUGAAAUCCAGAAACGUUUGCAGAAGAAACCCGUAGAAGAUGGCUCAGCUCCGUGCGAACAAAAGAGGAACGGAGAAGUGCUGAGAACGAUACCACUUAAACACGUUUGGCAGAGAAACAAUUUUCACCAUUUGGACGGGACUUCCACCAAGGCUUUCCAUCCUCGAACUGGGUUGCCUCUACUUUCGAGCCCUGUUCCUGAAAGAAAAACACGUUCCGGUUGUUUUGAUCUCGAUGCGUCACUGUUACACUUGAAAUGUCUGUCCUCCAAAAGUCCACAACAUUGUAUAAGCAAAGAGAAUGACCCCGAUGUCCAUGAGAAACCAUUUCUGAGUUCCAGCGCGCCACCUGUAACAAGUCUUAGCCUCCUUGGGAACUUUGAGGAGUCUGUGUUGAACUAUCGCUUAGAUCCCCUGGGCGUCGUAGAAGGCUUCACGGCCGAAGUGGGAGCUAGCGGCAUGUUCUGCCCGACACACAUGACUCUCCCAGUUGACGUUUCGUUCUACAGUGUUUCUGAGGACAAUGCCCCCUCUCCCUAUAUGGGUGUAAUCGCUCUAGAAUCUCUUGGUAAAAGGGGUUAUCGGGUACCUCCUUCAGGAACAAUACAAGUGACCUUAUUUAAUCCUAACAAGACUGUGGUGAAGAUGUUUGUGGUGAUCUACGACUUACGAGAGAUGCCAGCCAAUCAUCAAACAUUCCUACGGCAAAGAACCUUUUCUGUCCCCGUGAGACGAGAAACAAAGAGAAGCAUCCAUAAAGAAAACACGCGGCGUUCUGAAGAAAGGCUACUUCGCUACCUCAUUCAUCUGAGGUUCCAGAGUUCUAAGUCUGGAAAGAUCUACCUCUACAGAGACGUAAGGCUCCUGUUCUCUCGGAAAUCUAUGGAAGUCGACAGCGGCGCCGCGUACGAACUCAAAUCUUACACUGAAUCUCCAACGAAUCCUCAGUUUUCACCCAGAUGCUAGUGAGGACGAACCGUGAAAAAAGUAUUGUCGGCUUACAGUUUAAAAGAUG